CCAAAAAUUAUCCUUUCCUUCUUUUUAUGUGUUCUGUCUCUCUCCCCUCCUUAGUUAUCAUCAAUCUCACUCAAAGAGGCCCCAUCCGACCAAAACUUAUGCUCUCCUUUUUUUUGUGUUCUGUCUCUCUCCAUUCCUUAGUUCUCAUCGACCUCAGUACCUCACUACUCAGCCACUAGGUAUGAUUCUUUGAUUUGUUAUUUAGUUAUUUACAAAUAAAUUAAUGUUUGCUUUAGUAGCACUUUGCUAAGCAUGGUGAUUUGGUAUGAGAUGUUGUUUGCUUUUAAUAGGGUUAGCAACGUGCUGCAGUCUAAUAAUAUGCAAAUUAAUGUUGCUAUAGCUGAAGUAAAAGGUCUAAUUGCUUGGCUUGAUAAGUUUAGAGAAACUAGCUUUAUAGAUGCAAUAAUUACUGCUAAAGAAAUUGCUGCUGCAUUAGAUGUUGAUCCUGUUUUUCAGGAAAAGCGUCCAAUUCAAAGAAAAAGAUUUUUUGAUGAAAGCGGCAGUGAGCCAUCUCCAUCAUCUUCAGGUCAAGAAUCUUUUAGAGUGCAUUAUUUCUUAUAUAUUGUAGAUCAAGCUAAGGGAUCAUUAAAUAGAAGGUUUGAACAAUAUCAACAUUAUGAUGAUAUCUUUGGAUUUUUAUUCACUUUAGAAACUUUGAAUUCCUUGAAUGAUAAUGAUAUGAAAACUGCUUGUAUUCAUCUUGAGACUGUUUUGAGACAUGGAGAGAGUUCAGAUGUUGAUGGGGAAUACCUGUUUAGAGAGCUAAAACUCUUAAGGGAAAUAUUACCCAAACAGAGGAUGACUACUAUUGAUAUAUUGAAUUUCUUACAGGAAAGGAACACUUGCCCGGUUGUUAGACUUGUAUAUCGAAUAUUGUUAACUGUGCCUGUUACUGUUGCUUCAGCUGAGAGGAGUUUUUCCAAGUUAAAGUUGUUGAAAUCUUAUUUGCGAUCAACUAUGUCACAAGAAAGGUUAAAUGAACUUGCUUUGAUUUCAAUUGAGAACGAAUAUCUUGGAAAAAUCAAUUGUGAUAAGCUAAUUGAUCAGUUUGCAGGUAAGAAGGCAAGGAGAUGGAUUUUCAAAUGAAUAUCAAUCAACACUGUUAGAAUGUGUUAUUUUGAGGGUUUCAGAUCAAGUAUAUUUUUGUAAUUAUUUUUUGCUGCAAACUUUAUGUUUGUA